GGGGCUCGAGGCCGAGCUGCUAGACCGCCGCGACAUCGCGGGCGGGGCUGUGCGCCGACGAUGCGAGGGCAGGGCUGGCGCGCCCAAGACCAAGUGGGCGAGGGCGUGCUGGCGACCGCCCGACAAGCGGUUCCGCCCCUCCAUGGAGCUUUCGGCUUGUGUUUCGAUUGCAAGCGGGGCGAACCAUCUGCCCGUGGCUAAGUCCCACCUGGUCAAGCCCGUUAGCCUCGUGGCCAGCCGGGGGCGCGUCUGGCAGCAGGUCCCCAGCGACGCGGUGGAGCUCGCCAGCUUGGGCCUGGAGCUUCUCGCCCGCCGGGCCUUCGAAAAGCGCGUGGCUAAAUUGGUCGCGCGCCGCCGGGGCCUGCGAGCCUUCCAUGAUUGUGCUGUGGCGAAGCGCUGUAGGCAGUGGGUGGGCGACUCUUUCAGCGACGGCGCAAGCGGAGCACGCAGGGCCACCGAGCUGCAGCAGGUGACCUGA